AUGGCCCCUCUGCGGAUUCUCAUCUCUGGCGGCGGCAUCGCAGGCCCCGCGCUCGCCUUCUGGAUGGCGCGCCUGGGCCACGCAUGCACCGUGCUCGAACGCUUCCCCCAGCUCCGGGCCAGCGGGCAGCAAAUCGACAUUCGCGAGCAAGGCGUCGACACGGCCCGGCGCAUGGGGCUGCUCGAGACCAUCCGCAGCCACGCCGUCGACGAGGAGGGCCUGCAGUUUGUCGACGACAGGGGCUGGCGAAGGGCCCUCUUCCCACGAACGGAAGCCGGCUCCGGCAACCAGGGCUUCUCGAGCGAGUUUGAGAUUAUGCGCGGCGACCUGUGCCGGGUCCUUGCCGGGGCGGCGCCGGCGGCGAAUAAGCCAGACUACCGGUUUGGGCUUUCGGUAGAUGGCUUCGACAACGAGCGUGGCGGUGUCAGGGUCAAGCUCUCAGACGGGAGCGUCGAGCGGUACGAUAUGCUUGUCGGCGCCGACGGGCAGGGCUCGAGGAUCCGCAAGAUGAUGCUAAAGGAUGGCGACGGUGGCAAGGACCUGUCGAGGAGCCUGGGCGUCUACGUUGCCUACUACUCGCUGCCACGGACGCCGCAGGACCCCAGUCUCGGGACCAUGUACCACGCCACGGGCAGGCGUCUGCUGGCCACGCGCUGGCACUCACCGCAGCGCGGGCAGGGCUACCUGGCGACCAUGGCGCACGGCGAGGAGAUGGAGCGGGCGCUCAAGCAGGAUGUGGGCACGCAAAAGGACGUGUUUGCGCGCGUCUUUGGCGACGCGGGAUGGCAGGCGGCGCGGCUCGUCGACGAGAUGCGCCGGGCCGACGACUUUUACGCGCAGACGAUUGUGCAGAUCAAGUGCCGCCCGUGGUCCAGGGGCAGAGUCGUCCUGCUGGGCGACGCGGGAUACUGUCCGUCGCCGCUGACGGGCAUGGGGACGAGUGCGGCCCUCAUCGGCGCCUACGUCCUUGCCGGCGAGCUGUCUAAGAGGGGGAUCAGCAGCUCCUCACCAAGUGGACAAGGCCAAGAAGACGCCGUGGCCUCGGCCUUGGCCGCCUACGAGGAGGUGCUGCGGCCCUUUGUCGAGGAGAUACAGCAGCUGCCUCGCGGUUUGCCGCGCCUCGUCUACCCCGAGACGGCGGUGGGCGUGUGGAUUCUGCGCUCCGUCCUCGGCCUGAUGUCGACGCUCAAGCUCAACCGGCUCUUUGAGUCGAGUCUCAUGCAGCGCAACGGGUGGAAGUUGCCCGACUACCCACAGUUAAGGGGCUCAGAGCCUCAGACCAGACGGUUGUUGACUGAGUGA